GGGAGCCCCCUGGUCAUGGACCCCAACAGCAUCUGCCGCAAGACGAAGAGGCUGGCAGGGAAGCAGGCAGAGCUGUGCCAGCUGGAGCCAGAGAUCGUGCAGGAGGUGGCCAAAGGCACCAAACUGGGAGUCCGGGAGUGCCAGUACCAAUUCCGCUUCCGUCGCUGGAACUGCACCAGCCAUAGCAAGUACUUCGGCAAGAUCCUACAGCAAGAUAUCCGGGAGACAUGUGGCGUGGCCGCGCUGCUGCAGUGCGGCUAGGAGCUGACGCGGAGCCGGGCUCCCCCCUCGCCCACGGCAGGUCCGGGCACAGAGGGCACAGCCUGGGAGUGGGGGGGCUGUGGGGACGACGUGCAAUUCGGCUACGAGAAAUCCCAGCAGUUCAUGGAUGCCAAGAGCAAGAAAGGCAAAAAUGACAUCCGAGCUCUUAUCGACCUGCACAACAAUGAAGCCGGGCGCUUGGCGGUGCGCAGCUACAUGAGGACGGAGUGCAAAUGCCACGGGCUGUCGGGCUCCUGCACCCUGCGGACCUGCUGGCGGAAGAUGCCCCAUUUCCGUGAGGUGGGGGACCGCCUGCUAGAGCGCUUCAAUGGGGCUUUCAAGGUGAUGGGAGGCAACGAUGGGAAAACCCUCAUCCCCGUGGGCGACAACAUCAAACCUCCUGACAAGCAGGACCUCAUCUACUCGGCCGACUCGCCCGCCAUGGACCCGAGCGGGUGUGACCGGCUGUGCUGCGGGCGAGGGCACCGGGAUGAGACGGUGGUGCUGGAGGAGAACUGCCUUUGCCGCUUCCACUGGUGCUGCGUGGUGCAGUGCCGCAAGUGCUCCGUCCGCCAGGAGCUCAGCCUCUGCAUCUGA